UCCGGCGCGGUGCGGUGACGUGCCCGGGGCGCGGUCGUGAGCGCGCUAUGCGGGCGCUGUCCCUCAGCCGGUGGCUCCGCGGCGCUGCCCGGGCCCGAUCGACCGGACCGGGGCGGGCUCGCCCCGCGCCGGGCCCCUCGCAGAAGGUGACGGUGGACGUGCUGGAUCACUUGGAACACUUGGCCUUGGUGGAUUUCCGUGACUCCGAGGGCGUGGAGCGGCUGCAGAAGGCGAUCCAGUUUGCGGAUCAGCUUCAUGAAGUGAACACUGAUGGCGUAGAACCGAUGGAUUCAGUCCUGGAGGACAGGUGCCUGUAUCUCAGAGAAGAUGAUGUUACAGAGGGCAACUGCACAAAAGAGCUGCUGAAAAAUGCCAGAGAGAAAGUAGAAGAAUAUUUUGUAGCCCCACCAGGUAACAUCCCUUUGCCAAAGCUGGAAGAACGAGAGACUUAUCUGCAGAGCUCCUAGCGAAAGCCCAGAGCCCAAACGCCAUUCCAGUGUUUUAUUUGGGAAAACUAAGUUUUGUGUAGUCACAGCCAAAAUACUCCGGUGUGUAUUCUGAGCAAAAGAAGAGCACUUGCAAGAUGAUUUAGAGUAGAAGGUGUAGAAAGUUUAAUAGUGCUGCUGUAAUAUUCAGUGUUUGUGAAGCUGGAAGGCAGAAUGACAGAUGAUCUCACUGCUUUUAUUUAGAGAAGUGAAUUUGAUGUUGCUCUCUAAGAUACUGGAUGGCUUAAAGGCUUUAAAAGGAACAUUAAAAGGUAAUUAUUAAAAAAAACCCAGAACACUAUUUUUCCUCAACAAGUUUGUUGGGAAACAAGAGAGGUUGGAAAGCUCUUUUGCCUAUUUCUCACCUUUAGCUUGAGUCUGGCUCUCACCCUGUCAGAAUUUACAGAGCGCCCAGGUAUGAAGGAGUCUGUACCAUUGCUGCAUCUCUGUGACAUAGAGAGCUCAGAUUUUCAUUGUGGAAGAAAAGGCACUUUGAGAAGAUGAUUCACUCAAAUAUUUUGCUUGUACUGAAUAUUUCAUAGAACAGUUUGGGUUGGAAGGGACCUUAAAGCUCAUCCAGUUCCAACGCCCUCCCACAGGCACCUUCUACUAAACCAGGUUGCUCCAAGCCCCGUCCAGCCUGUCCAUGAACACUGCCAGGGAUGGGGCAUUUUGUAUUUUUAUUCUUAUAAAUUAAAUACCUGGAGUUGUACAUAGUUUGAGAAAGCAUUUUUCAAACACAGAACUAGCUGUUCUAAAAUAAAAAGUCUUUGCCACAAUUAUUUUUGUCGUUCAGAUGUCUAUCUGUAGUGGCACUGGCAGUAUUUUCUGGAUUAACCCAUUUUUCCAUUUCAAACAAAGCACUGCAGUUAUUUUUGUUAUUUAAAACACCUUUUGUGGCUAAGCUUGUUGUAAAUAAAGAAUGUAAUUACUUGUGAA